AUGGCGGGCUUAAUGGAUGUUGACCGCUCUCGGACGCGGAGAGAUAGGACGUUCGUCGGCACUGAGUGCGCCAUUUGUGACGAGCCGUUGGAGCAUACUCUGCGUGGCGAACGUGUUCUCCAAUUCUCGUGCACUCAUGUCUCACAUGAAGCCUGCUUCUACGAAUAUAUCCGCGAAUUUGAAGGACAGUACUGCCCAACAUGCGAUGCGCCGUUAGGGCUUGAUACUAGCCGUGGGGGGAAUAUGUUGGAUCUGGAGAAACUUAGUAAUAUUGUCCGCUCUGUCACCAGCGAUGCCGCGACACAUCGAAGUGGCAUGUCCAAUCUCCCUCCCUGGGAACCCGUGCCAGUCCAGGCACGACGGCCCAGCGAUGCAGGAAGUCAUGCGGGAAGCCGGCAACCUAACCGUGACAGUCGGGAUACCUACGUCCGACGCGACAGCCGCGACAAUAGCAGUCACCGCGAGCGAGUCGAACGGUUGACCAUGGGAUCCCGCCAACACCACUCGCGGAAUGGAAGUGUUGCUGGUUCAUCCGAUUAUAACGAGUCGCAUCAGCAUGCGGCCAACGGAAGACGCCAUGAUUAUGACGUGCAAGCAAUGGAGUCUGAUCUCAGCCCGCGUCCCGUUGUCACGAAGAACCCGAUCCCGGCGCCAACAGUGACUAUCCGCAGCGAGUUCCCAACGCUUAACCGCUCACGCCAGCAGCAGUCUUUAACAUGCCUGAUAACACUGGAAGUGCCUGAGGGCAGCUGGCAGCCUGACGAAAGCGACUUUACUUCAAACGGUAAAGACCAACCUCAGGACGAACCGUAUGGCGUAGGGCGUUACCCACCCAGCCAGGAGCCCAAGCCGAUUCCCUAUGAGAGUCAGGAGAACCUGGAUGAUUUGGCAGAGGACUUGCGGAAUAAGGUGGACAACUGGCACGGCCUGGAAUUCAAUCGAUUUGGAAAGCUCCGCUUGCACGGCCACAUGAGUGUGGGGAAAGAUCGUACAUCCUGGCAGGAAUUGGAAUGUUAUCUCUUCGGAGAAAUGCUCAUCUGUGUCAAGGAGAAGAAGAAUACCCAGCGCCGUCCAUAUGACGAUGAUCAGUCUAAGCCGAAGCCAACCCGGUGCACAUUGAAGGGCUCCAUACUCAUCAAGAAGCAUCUCAACAGUAUGGAAGCUGCCGCAGACGAGCCUAUCCUCGCGUUGAACCUGUCCGUCAGUGAGCUUCCCUGCUUUUACCUUCGAUUCCAGAACCGCAGUCAGUUAGAGCUCUGGCGCCGUUCCCUCCUCGACCUCCAUCCCAUUGAGAGCACAUCUCCGAACAAUGAUUACGACUAUGAUAAUUCUGGCGCAGAGGAGGAGGAAUACCGCAACAAUCCAAUCAAACGCCAGGCCUCGAUAAAUUCGUCUUAUGGAGCAGCCCGAUCAAUCAACACGGCUAUUACCGACUACACGAAUAUGGGCACAGAGAGCCCAGCACCAUCCAUCCAUAUUCCACUCGACCUUGUAGUCGUGAUUCCAGUUUCUUCUUCCAUGCAGGGACUGAAGAUCACCCUGCUCCGCGAUGCACUCCGAUUUCUUGUACAGAACCUUGGUCCUCGCGAUCGUAUGGGACUGGUGACAUUUGGUUCUAGCAGUGGUGGCGUCCCCAUAGUGGGGAUGACUACGAAGUCCUGGGGCGGAUGGCCCAAAAUCCUGGAGUCCAUUAGGCCCGUUGGACAAAAAAGUCUCCGUGCAGAUGUCGUCGAGGGUGCUAACGUAGCCAUGGACAUGCUCAUGCAGCGGAAAUCAUCGAACCCUAUCUCUACCAUCCUUUUGAUCAGCGACACUUCAACCUCAGAUCCCGAUAGUGUCGAUUUUGUUGUGUCCAGGGCGGAAGCUGCCAAGGUUAACAUCCACUCAUUCGGCCUUGGAUUGACCCACAAGCCGGACACCAUCAUCGAGCUCUCGACUCGGACCAAAGGCUCAUACGUCUAUGUAAAGGACUGGAUGAUGCUUCGGGAGUGCGUCGCUGGUUGCUUGGGUGCGCUGCAAACUACCUCUCACCAGAACGUAAAGCUCAAGCUUCGUCUGCCUGAGGGUUCCCCUGCCAAGUUCGUGAAAAUUAGUGGAGCUCUGCACACGACAAAACGGGCUACUGGUCGUGAUGCGGAGGCUGCCCUCGGGGACCUUCGUUUUGGCGACAAGCGUGACGUUCUGGUCCAACUUGUCAUCCCCCCCGACAACUCCACGUCAGAGGUUACCCCUCAGGAUGCCUGGGAGAGCCUGGUGUCUGGACUGGAGGCACUAGGUGGUAUGUCUGAUGGCGAUGACCAACGCGUGGCGAGUGUGGAGGAGGUCCCUCUGAUCCAAGCAGACCUCACCUAUGGUGAUUUUCUGCGGGAUGGUCAUCUUACCCAUUCCCCACGGCCGUCGCUUUUAGCGAUCACUAUGCUUCCACCUAACCCGAAAGCCAAACCUGGUCGUCCGUCUAGCCCACCAAUCCCUCCCCAUCCGUCCAUCGUACAACGACGCAUGGAGCUUCUGACGUCCGACAUGCUGACGCGGGCCUUGACCUUGGUUUCCCGUGGGCAACAUGAUCGUGCGCAACACUUGUUGACCGAGACUCGCAGUAUCUUGAAGGGCCUGGGCAAGGGUGGUCUUCCUCCUCUGCCCCCGGGUGCCAGACCAGCGGGAACCAGCGACUCCGGUAGCCGAGCAGACACUCCUACCUCUUCUUCACCCAAGUCGUCUAUGUUUGACGGUCACUCGUCGGCGGCUUCGGAUACGGCGACCAUCACUUCCGUCUCUGCAGUGGAUGGGCAGACUAUGACGGCGUUGGACUCCGAUCUGCAAUCCGCGCUGGAAUGGAUCAACCAUCCGGCGGUGUUCUCCAGAGACUCUCGCAAGGCUGUGUUGCAAGGAAUCGGCGUGAUUUCGUCGCAACGAGCCUAUACUUUCCGGUCCCCUUCUGAAGCGCACUGGGCCCAGCGUGUGGCAGGUGUGCGACGGCUUACAGAACGGUCCAAGGAAUGGCGCGAGACUGGAGACGACGCGUUGACCGAAGAAUAG